AUGUUCAGUUUUGGAGGCAAUACGAAACAGAUUAUCCACCUCAGUCUUGAACAUUUUCCACCUGCGGCUUUGGUGCGCAUGUUAGUUGGAGAUCCCCCGGUGAGAAGGUGGUUACACAUUGACACUGGCAGCGACUUAACUUGGAUACUCCCGCCGUAUGGUUAUGAACCACAAAGAUCGUCCACUUUCAGUUACAGAAGUUGUGACGGGUUAUUAAAAUCGACCUAUGUCACUCCAAGUAAGACAAGGGGACAGUGCACAUACAGACAAGAGCUCGAGGACAAGGUAGUAUAUGAAGGUACUCUUGGAACUGAAACAUUUGCUUUUGAAACCGGCGAUGGGGAAUCAGGAAUUCUAAAAAACGUAGUGUAUGGCUUUGGAAAAACCGUUGGGGGGAGGCGAGUUGGGUCGGGCACUUUAGGACUAAACUUGGGUGUACUUUCCAUAACGAAAUCAUUUGGUUUGAAAUUCUCCAUAUGCCUAGGAAAUUUUAAUUACAUAAGGCGGGAAAAGCAUUUUCUAGCCUUAGGAGAUGAUGCAAUCUUUGGUGGAUGGGAAGUACCCUUAGAUACAAAAGAUGCCGCUUAUAGAAUCAGUCUGACUUCAAUAAUCAUAGAAGGAGAAAAUCUAGGUUUAGAAAAUGUUCUGUCCAAAACAAAGUCAAUAAUAGACACAGGAACUUCUACUAUUAGUUUUGGUGCGAGAAGCAUAUCAGGUUGUCGUGGGUAA